CUGUGUCCUAAGAGAGAUUUUGCAAAAACUGAGAAACUUUGAGUCAAAAUGUUCCGACGACGAGAUACAAUAUCUGUAUCAUUUGAGUCACCAAUCUCUGUCAAUAAGAUAAAUUUCUUCCGUCUCAUAAAAUGAAUAAAGACGUGUGGUAUUUAGCAGUUACAGUCCAUCUGAGAAGUCAAUACAUCCUCUUUGCAGUUACUUUUUUCACCGGCAUUCAAACUAACUUCCGCAAAUAUGGCAGUAAUAAUCAAAGUAAUGUUUUUAGUAUUAGUUAUUUUUGCGUUAGACUUUUGUACAUGUAAUAGUUUGCAAGUUGGUACAACAGUGAACGGCCAGCUAGCGUAUGUAGAUACUGUCAAGUUGUCUUCCAUACCAUUGAAGGUCAGGACGAAGAAUGUUUUCUUCAACGGCAACCAUACUAUCAAGGGAAUUAUGGUGCUUGACAUGGCUAAAACGAAAGCCAAAGCUAGUUUGACGUCAGGAGGUGUUGGUUCCACCUUUGCGAACAUCAAAAUGAAGAGCGAAAGAGGAGGAGAAAUCAAUUUCCAAAUUCAAAUUUUUGUUUAAUUUUGCUUAAUGUUAGGAGAUCUCUAGAUAAUAAGUUUAAU